AUGGACCCGAACAAUUUCCAUGCGACGGUGCUCCAGCGCGCCGAGGACGACGACGACGAUUACGACCACGGCCACACUUAUGGGCACCGGAAUAGAUACGGGCAGAAUCGCAGUCAUCGGCAGAAUCGAGAUGACAGUAUCGGCCUGUCACAACCGCACUCCCAGUCGGUGUUGUCGAUGCCGGGUGCAGCAGCACCAACAAAAACAACAUCUCCACCUUGGGAGAGGGAGAUGGGGAGUGGGAGGAGGAUGACGGAUGGUGGUGGUGCGCUGGGACCACGUCCACAUCCACGUUCCUCUGCCUCAUCCGCAGCCGUGAACCACCAGAACCACCACGAUUACGAUUACCAUAAUGAUAACAACCUUAACAACCCCAGCGCCCACCACUCGCAGCUGGAGAUUCAGUACUAUGCUGAUGCCACCACGAUUGCAAACGCCAACGCCUCGGCCAAUGCCAAUGCCGCCGCAGCACAGCAGCACCCAACAACGCACACUGGCUCUGGCACUGACACUAACAAGCACGGGAAUGCCAGUGCUGGUGGUAGUUUGACAUCUCCGACCGUCACGGGCAACACGGCCACGACGCAAUUAAUGGGUUUUCGUCAGCCCACAUCCUCGACCUUGACCUCUAACACCGCGUCCGCCGCCGCCGACCACGCCGCCACCCCAUCUCCCUCGUCCUUCCACUCUGCACUCGCAUCGCCCCAAACCCAAAACUCCAUUUCCGUGUCUUCCAUCACGACGCCUGCAUCGGCAUCGGCACCGCGACCGCCGCCCGCGACCGCCCUCAGCCACCCCUUCAACCACGCGUCGUCGCAUCACCAUCGUCACCACCAGCCAUUGUCAUCAUCAUCGUCGUCGACAAUACUGUCCGGGUCCACGUCUGCCCUGCCUCCGCUGGCACCUCCGGCUGGAGCCCUCAGCUCAAUCAUGGCAUCAUCAUCGGCCAUGUCGCCGACAAAUGGCAACGGGCCCUCCAGUGCAUCACCACUGCAGCCACCCAAGACCUCGGGCCAUCUAUCGCCGCCCGACUACCAUAGACCGCCACCCGAGAAGGUGUCCGGCAGCUUCUACGAUCCCCUUACCGACACUACGCGCGAGAGAAGACCAUCAGAGAGUGUGUCUAAGCAGUCGCGAUCUGAUACCUACGAUUAUCCUCACCCCAAAAGCGAGCAGUCCAUACAGUAUCACAACGGCUACGGCUCCCCGUCGCCAGUGAACUCCAAGUUCCCGGCGCGAAGCCCACUUUCGCAUUCGCACCCCAAAAACGGCACCGACCUUGCCAGCCCUGCGACUGCGAACAAAGCGCUGCAUCUGGGCUCUCCUCCCUCGCGUCACCGCACCGCGUCAGACGGUGCCAAAUCGGCGAACCACCACACGCCGACAUAUGCAUCUGCGCUGCCGUCCAUCCUGAAUCCCGAACCUGCUGCUUCGUCUACCAAGGCAGCUCCCAUAGCUACACCCAGCCGUGCGGCCGAGCUUAUGUCUUUCUCCAACAUUCUUUCCAGCGCUGAGCCGCUCCCGAAGCCCAAAACCGCCAUAAUGGCCGAGGAGAAGAAGAAACCCGCUCGCAAGAGUAAGGGGCGCGAAUCACAUCUCAGGGUGGCCGAAGGCAGUUCCAAGAAAGAGUCACGGCGGUCCUCUUCCAACCACGCGAAAGAUACCCCCGCGAGAGCGCCCAAGAGACAGGCCAACGGCCAUCCCAAGCCGAAGACGCUAUCAGCUGAUAAGGAGAAGAAGAUACAGAACGUGCUAGAGACACUCGACGGCGGUAUGGACGAUGUCGACCUGUCCGAACUCGAGGCCGAGGAGGAGUUCUUCACCGGUCGCUCCAAGAAGCGCAAGAUAAAUCUGGAGCAAGCGGAAUAUGCAGAUCAUCUGAUCCGCCGAGGCGACCUAUCCAACUUCACGUCUAAGCGACUAAUCAGUCACGCCAGCAUCGGCAAGCGACGAUUCGAUGAUCUGCACUACGAGGAAGCGCUGCAGGAAGUUCGCGAUCGUGAAGUGUUCGCCGAGAAGGAACGCAAGAAAGACAUGCAACGUAAGCGUCGCCGGGAGAAGUCCAUGCAGAUCACUAUCGAGCAGAAGGAGGCCGCUCUAGCCAAAGCACUUGCCGCCGAAGACGAGGCCGAACGAGCGAAGCAUCUGCGUGAAGCCGAACGUGCGAACAAGAAGGCACAACAGACGAAACUCAUCUUGCAGAACGGUGUCAAGGGGCCGGCGCGUAAUCUGGGACCGUUCGAACUCAACCUGGAGGGCGGCACUAUGUCGACCUUCCCAGCCAACGAUGUCGAGGCAGGCGGCAAGACGACCAAGAGCAAGGGCCGCACCGGUACACGGCCUAAAAAAUCCAAGGAGCAGAAACAGGCCGAGAAGGAUGCUGCCGUCGCAGCCCAAGCGGCUUUGGAUGCUGGCGAGGAGCUGCCCGCCAAGGAAGAGACCAAGAUUCGCAUCAAGUUGAACAAGGGCAAAGACAGGGAGACCAAAGAUAAGGACAGGGAACCCAAGGACGGCGCAAAGGAGCCCAAGGAGAGGGAGAUACCUGUCGAGGAGCCUCCUGUCAAUCCUUUGGAGACAAAGUUCCAAUCCAAAGGAUACAAUCAGAUCUAUGAUCAGAUCUGGCGAGACCUGGCCCGCAAAGAUGCACCAAAGACGUUCAAGAUGGCGGUCGACUCGUACGCCACGAAGGCUUCCAACCUGAAGAAGACUGCUAUCCUUGCCUCCAAAGAAGCCAAGCGUUGGCAGGCUCGUACCAAUAAGGGUACGAAAGAUCUGCAGGCUCGAGCCAAGCGCUGUAUGCGUGACAUGAUGAGCUUCUGGAAGCGUAAUGAGCGAGAGGAGCGUGAUCUCCGCAAGGCUGCGGAGCGACAAGAGCUUGAGAACACCCGCAAGGAGGAAGCCGGUCGUGAAGCUGCGCGCCAGAAGAGGAAGCUCAACUUCUUGAUCUCCCAGACCGAACUGUACUCCCACUUCAUCGGCAAGAAGAUCAAGACCGAUGAGGUCGAGCGCAGUACCGACAAUCCGGAAAUUGCGCCAGAUGCCAACGCAGCAUCAUCGCACAAGGUUGAUGUCUCGGAGCCGUCCGGUCCUGUCGGUGCCAAGGUCACAGAUUUCAACUCUUUGGAUUUCGAUGCCGAAGACGAGGAGACGCUGAAGGCUGCAGCCGCGGCGAAUGCUCAGAAUGCCAUCGCCGAAGCUCAGGCCCGGGCACGUGCCUUCAACAAGACUGACGAUGAUAUGGACGAGGAUGGUGAGAUGAACUUCCAGAACCCUACGGGCCUGGGCGACGUAACGGUCGAGCAACCCAAGAUGCUGAACUGUCAGCUCAAGGAGUACCAAAUCAAGGGUCUCAACUGGCUUGCAAACUUGUACGAGCAAGGUAUCAACGGCAUCCUGGCCGACGAGAUGGGUCUUGGCAAGACGGUGCAAUCCAUCUCUGUCAUGGCCUACCUUGCCGAAGUACACGACAUCUGGGGUCCGUACAUGGUCGUAGCACCAGCUUCGACACUGCACAACUGGCAGCAGGAGCUCCAGAAGUUCGUUCCCGAAUUCAAGGUCCUCCCGUACUGGGGGACGGCGGCCGACCGAAAGGUGCUACGCAAAUUCUGGGAUCGCAAGCACGCCACGUACCGCAAGGAUGCUCCUUUCCACGUGCUGGUCACAUCGUAUCAGCUCGUCGUAUCCGAUGUUGCCUACUUUCAGAAGAUGCGCUGGCAGUACAUGAUCCUGGAUGAAGCACAAGCUAUCAAGAGCUCUCAGAGUUCGCGUUGGAAGUGUCUGCUCGGCUUCCACUGCCGAAACCGGCUCCUCCUAACGGGAACACCCAUCCAGAACAACAUGCAGGAACUAUGGGCCCUUCUGCAUUUCAUCAUGCCCUCGCUGUUCGAUUCCCACGAUGAGUUCAGCGAAUGGUUUUCCAAGGACAUCGAGUCGCACGCGCAAAGCAAUACAUCGCUCAACGAGGACCAGCUUAGGCGGCUGCAUAUGAUCCUCAAGCCGUUCAUGUUACGUCGUGUGAAGAAGCAUGUCCAGAAGGAGCUUGGUGACAAGAUUGAGCUCGACGUCUUCUGUGAUCUCACGUAUCGCCAACGGGCGUACUACAGAAACCUGAGGAACCAGAUCAGCAUUAUGGAUCUGAUCGAGAAAGCGACUCUUGGUGACGAUCAAGAUUCGGGUACGCUCAUGAACCUUGUCAUGCAGUUCAGAAAAGUGUGUAAUCACCCCGAUCUCUUCGAACGCAGAGACACAAGGAGCCCGUUCUUCUCCGGCUAUUUUGCUGAGACCGCAUCGUUCGUCCGCGAGGGCAACAACGUUUCUGUUGGUUACUCAACUCGAAGUCUCAUCGACUAUGAGCUGCCACGCCUCGUCUGGAACGACGGUGGGCGACUCCACAAGCCUGGGAAAGACAGCGAACAGGCCGGUUUCAGAAACAAGUACAUGAACCAGCUCAUGAACAUCUGGACCCCAGAGAAUGUUCGCGAAAGCAUGUCUGGAAAGGAUGCGUUUUCAUUUUUGCGCUUUGCGGAUGUCAACCCGGAGGAUGUCUACAAGGCUAGUCAUCAGGAUAUCUUCACUCGGGCCGCUGAUCUCGUGAAGAAGGACAACCGCCUCGGCCACCUCAAGGUUGUCUAUGAUGAACCCGGCGAGGAGAAUUUCACUCCCUCUCACGCAUUGUUCCAGAUCACGGCCCGUGCGGAUCGCAAGCCGCUUGCAGACGUCGCAGGUGACGGUAUCCUUCGAAAUAUGAUGAACAUCUCACGCUCGCAAUGGCAGGCUUCUGGGCUGAGUAGACUGGAACAAGCUGCGCUACCAGGUGCAACAGCUCCUCCCAUCGAACUCUCGUGUGAAGGUACGCGAGGCCCGAUUGUCGAGCGCGAAGACACGCUCUUCAACGGGCGUAUCCGAAAGAACCUCCAUGGGCCCAAUGCGAUCGAAGAGAAAGCCUUGGUGGAGCAGAAGAUUCCCUUCGAGCUGUACCCUCGACCUGCGAUGCUCCCUCAACCUGACAACGAAAAGCGAAGGUUCACAAACAUCACUGUCCCGAGUAUGCGUCGUUUCGUUACGGACAGUGGCAAAUUGGCCAAGCUUGACCAACUAUUGACCAAAUUGAAGGAGGAGGGCCAUCGUGUGCUUCUUUACUUCCAGAUGACGAGAAUGAUCGACCUCAUGGAAGAAUACCUUACGUACCGCAACUACAAGUAUUGCCGACUCGAUGGGUCCACUAAGCUUGAGGAUCGCCGAGACACCGUCGCCGACUUCCAAACGCGUCCGGAGAUCUUUGUCUUCCUGCUCUCCACUCGAGCUGGUGGUCUUGGCAUCAACUUGACUUCUGCCGACACCGUCAUCUUCUACGACAGUGACUGGAAUCCCACCAUUGACUCGCAAGCAAUGGAUCGCGCUCAUCGUCUUGGACAGACCAAACAAGUUACUGUUUACCGUCUCAUUACUCGCGGCACUAUUGAGGAGCGUAUUCGAAAGCGAGCAUUGCAGAAGGAGGAGGUGCAACGUGUCGUCAUCUCGGGUGGUGCAUCCAAAGGCGUGGACUUCAGCGGACGCCGCCCCCCCGAAAAUCGCAAUCGCGAUAUCGCCAUGUGGCUUGCCGACGAUGAAGAAGCUGAGCUUAUCGAACAGCGCGAGAAAGAGCUCGCUGACAGCGGCGAACUUGACAAGGCUGCCAAGAAGAAAGCCACUGGCAAGCGGAAGCGGGAAGCCGUCAGUUUAGAUGAGAUGUACCACGAGGGUGAGGGUAAUUUCGAUGACGGCACUAAGCACUCCGGCACCGCUACACCAGAUGUACCCGUCGAGGCAGACACGAAAUCCGCCAAGAAACGGAAGGGCACGAGCAAGAAAGCCAAGACGGCGAAGCAACGGCUCGCCAUGGCCGAUGGGAUGGUCGACGGCUAA